AUGCGGAAUCUUAAACGGAUCCAGGAGAGCACUUUGAAGUUCGAAGGCAUAUCGGCCAUUGCUUAUGACCUCGAAGAUCUGGUUAUUGCCUUCGGACCUUCACAUGCAUCACCUUCGAUCACACUAAAACGACUUGGUCGAAGUGCGACGAGCGUGGAGGAUGCUUCCACAAUAGCCUCAUGGGAUGCCACCUCAGAUGACUACAUACUGGAUAUUCACUGCUUCCCUGAUGCGCAGAUAAUUUCUGUGAUUCUGGCUGGAGGCGACAUCAUCACUGUGAAGCAGGACGCUGCGGAAGAUCAGAUUGAGAUCCUCGGUUCUGUGGAUGCUGGUAUUGCUGCCGUGGCAUGGAGUCCUGACGAGGAGCUUGUAGCUAUUGCCACCAAAGCAGAAACUCUUCUGUUCAUGACGAGAGACUUCGAUCUCGUCUCGGAUGCCACAUUUUCGCUAGACGAUAUCAAAGUCUCCGACCAUGUCUCUGUCGGGUGGGGCAAGAAGGAGACGCAGUUUAAAGGCCGUGGAGUCGCAAAGACAUUGCGUGAUCCUACUAUGCCCGAACAUGUGGACGAAGGAUCGAUCGAUGUGAAGGACGAUCUUUCAGUAACACUUUCAUGGCGCGGCGACGGUCAAUAUUUGGCCACGAAUAGCGUUAUAGAGAGUGAGCCGAGGCGGCGCAUGAUCAGAGUGUUCAGUCGUGAAGGUGUGCUUGAAAGCGUGUCAGAGCCAGUGAAUGGGCUGGAAAGUGCCUUGAGCUGGAGGCCUAGCGGCCAGACUAUAGCUGGAGUGAGAAAGGUUGGCUCAAGCGUCGACGUUGUGCUGUUUGAACGCAAUGGUCUCCGACAUGGCGAGUUCAGUCUCAGAUUGAGUCCAGACCAAGUAGAUGUCGUCGGAAAGAACACUCAGCUAUCUUGGAACCAGGACUCAUCUGUGCUCGCCGUUGUCCUGGCUGAUCGAGUACAAUUGUGGACCACAGGCAACUAUCACUGGUACCUGAAGCAGGAGAUUCAAGCAAGUCACAAGGCCUGCCAGCCACAAGUUGCAUGGCAUCCCGAGCAUCCGUUGCAGCUUUCUGUGUUCGAUCACGGCGAGCUCGUUAGACAGCGAUACACCACCGCAGUUGCGCGCGGGCCCGUCAUUGCACCUCAUGACCAUGGUUUGGUGGCAGUCAUUGAUGGUACAGAUCUGAAGAUAACACCACUGCGCACUGCGAAUAUACCACCACCAAUGGCCCAAGAUGAGAUCAAGUUACCAGACUGCGCAAACGAUGUUGCCUUUGAUCAGGACGAAGAUGAAACCCUGGUCCAGGUCUUGUUUGCCAAUGGCUCAACUUCCAGUUGGAAAUAUGUUCACAGCACCAAACAUACAGACCGAGCUACAGCCGUAUCAAAUGGGACUCGUGAUGCUGUGACCAAUGGGGACAACAUCUCCGCACUUGAACUGCACUAUCACGCAGAAGAAACUCUGCCUCAUGGACUGGGCGAAGUCUCGCUGUCGGAGAGCGGGCUUCUUCAGGUUGCUGGUCUGGCUAACAUACGAGUACCAGGAGUCACCUCUUACAUAGCCACGGAUCUAUAUCUGAUUUUCACUACCAGUAACCAUCUCCUCAAGUUCAUACAUUUGAGCGAAGAAGGCGAGCUGCAGAUACCGCUAGACGAGCCAGAGAAAGACGAAAGAUGCAGAAGCAUCGAGAGAGGAGCGAAGAUUGUUACAGUCAUGCCCAGUGCGUACUCGUUGGUCUUACAAAUGCCAAGAGGUAAUCUUGAGACAAUCUACCCUCGAGCAUUAAUCCUGACCGGUAUUCGGCAAGCUAUCGGCGGGCGGCAGUACAAGAAGGCCUUCUCGAUAUGCAGAGCGCACCGGGUUGACAUGAAUAUACUGCAUGACUAUGCUCCGGAUCAAUUCAUGGAAAACAUACCGCUGUUUCUGAAGCAGAUCAAGAACCCGGCACACGUCGAUCUUUUCUUGAGUUCGUUGUCGGACGAGGAUGUCACUCAGACAAUCUACAAGGAGACUUUACAGCAGCAAGACAGCCAGCCGACUACGAAUGGCCAUUUUUCCAAGGAUCGGAAGCCAGGCACAUCUGCUGUGGCGUCUUUGUCGAAGGUGAACGGGAUAUGCGAAGCUUUUCACAAUGUCCUGCGACAGCAAAAAACGCCAUCGCUGCAGAACAUAAUCACAGCGCACGUCUGCAAGAAUCCACCUGACCUCGAAGCUGGCCUUGCACUAAUCUCGGACCUCCGCCGAGCAGAGGACCAAGAUCAUCUGGAGCAAGCUGUCGAACACAUCUCAUUCUUGUCGGACGUGAACCAAUUGUACGAUACUGCGCUUGGCUUGUAUGAUUUGGAGGUCACGCUUCUUGUGGCACAGCAGUCUCAGAAGGAUCCAAGAGAGUAUCUUCCGUAUCUGCAGAAGCUGCAAGAUAUGCCAGACAUGAGACGUCAGUAUACAAUUGACGAUGAUCUUCGCAGAUAUGAGAAGGCACUAUCACAUCUUCAUGCGCUUGGAGACUUUGUGGGCCUCAAAAAGUACAUGGUGAAGCACGAUCUGUACACGGCCGCCAUGGAACUCUUCCGGUAUGAUGCUGGCAGGCUUGGCGAGAUCAUUCUAUUGCAGGCAGAGUACUUCAGUAGCCGCAACAGGUAUGCAGAAGCCGGUGUGGCUUAUGAGUAUGUGCAAGAGUAUACUUCAGCAUACGAGGCCUAUAGAUCAGCAGGUAUGUGGCGCGAGUGCUUGUCCAGUGCUGCACUGGUCCCUAUUUCGGAAGAAGUGAUGUCAAGCCUAGCAUAUGAUGUGGCUUCCAAUUUGGAAGAGGCAAAAGACUUCUCUGCGGCUGCUACAGUGCAGCUGGAUUACAUGAAGGAUCUUGCAGCAGCAAUGAGGUUGCUCUGUCGAGGUUUCCAGUUCUCUGAGGCGUUGCGCCUGGCGGCUUUGCACCGCAAGCAGGAGCUACUGCCAUCCAUCCUUGAUCCAGGACUUAUCGAAGCUUCUGCAACCAUGACUGAGAUGUUAGCAGAGAUGAAGUCACAGCUGAGGGCGCAAGCGCCACGCUUACAAGAGCUGAGACAGAAGAAGGCUGAGGAUCCGAUGGCUUUCCUUGAUGGCGCUGAUGGCGGUGACGAUGACAUACCCGAUAAUUUGUCGCUCGCACCCACGAAUGCUUCGACCACUGGUACGUUCAUGACCAGAUAUACGAACCAAAGCACCGGCACCCUGGCUACAAAUGCCACGCGCAAGACGUCGAAGAACAAGAGACGAGAAGAGCGGAAGCGAGCAAGAGGUAAGAAGGGCACAGUGUACGAAGAGGAGUACUUGGUCAACUCAAUUACAAGGCUUGUUGAGAGGCUUAAUGAUACGAGUGCCGACAUUUCGCGGCUGAUAGAUGGCUUGCUUCGCCGAGCGAUGCGAGAACGAGCUCUUGCCGUGGACAAGGCCAUGGUUGAUGUAGUGGAGGCCUGCAGAGGUAGUCUCAAUGAGACAUUUGCGUCGGGGAUGCCAUCGUCUGGUAGCGAAGACCAGCAUGGUGAGGUAAGGCCGCAAGGUGGGCAAGGAGUACUGUGGGAUGCUCUUGUAUCGUCUGGUCAUGGACGGUCAGCACCAGUGCUCAAGGCAUAUCAGCAGUCAUCUCUACUAGUAUAG